AUGCCACAGGCAAUUUGCAUUUACGAUUUCAAAGCUGCGGAAGACAGGGAGCUCUCGGUUUACAAAAAUGAAAUUGUCGACAUCGUUGGUAAAAGCGAAAAUUGGUGGACAGUUCGCAACAAGUAUAAGCAAUCUGGCUUAGUCCCAGUUAAUUAUCUUGCCGCACCCAUAACCGACGAUAGAAUUGAAGUUGUAGCAAGAGGAAAAACUAAGAAAGCACACACCGCAAAAAGCGAAAAUGAAGUCUCGAUUGAGGCAGAUCAGCAGGUGGCUAUCUUGGAUAAGCAGAACAAUUAUUGGUGGUUUGUUGGGUUUUGCGGCAAAACUGGAUACAUCCCAAUACGUAUCAUACAAGAAUUUAAGGUAAUGUAUAAUUUGAAAUUUGCCUUGUGA